CGCACACGCACACACACACUCACACUUCAAGAGGCACACACACACUCACACUUCAAGAGGGUCCUGAAUGUGGCUAAACUGGCUGAACAGCCACUCUGAUCAUUUCUGUCCCCUCCCUCCUCCUUCCUGUGUGACUUUUUCUGCACAUCUCUCUCGUUGUGUUUCUUCAAAUGUCACACAGUCUUUCGUCUAUAUAUUUUUUUUCUUUUUCUUCUCUUCAUUCUAAAGUACUUCUACUUGUUGAUUUCCUUCAUAUUAGGAACACAGUCAAGACAAGUCAAGACACUUCCUUUUGAGGGGUCGGCUCUAGGACCCUGGGAAAAACAGAAGGGGGCAGGAGGCGAUAUUUUUAAUCUGACCACAGAACCUGUUAACUGCUGCUGCCAGUGCUUCCGCAAAGACAAUACACUCACUGCUCCACUGCUUAGAGAGAGUGUGUCUGUCUGUCUCUCUAUUGUGUGUGUGUGUGUGUGUGUGUGUGUUUGUGUAGAGACAGUGUCAGUGCUUCUUUCAGUUUAAAGUGUAGACCAUGAAUUUAUAUUACAGGGACAGAGACACAGAAAGUUUGUGGAACGCUGAGUAAGUGUCUUGUGUCUUUGUUGAGAGAGACUGUUUGUAUCUGUGUGUGUGUGUGUGUGGGUGUACGUGUGUGUGUGUGUGUGUGUGUGUGUGUGUGUGUGUGUGUUUGUGUUUGUGUUUGUGUAAUCGAGAGAGAAAAAGAGAAGCAGAUAUACUGAGAGGGUAGUGCGAUAUCCAGGCCAGCCCUGGGCCCUUGUAUAUGUAUGUGAAUAAGAAGCCGGUGUGACAGUGUGUCUCGUGUCAUGAGUGGGAAAGCUCCAUGGACACACAGGUGCCAAUACUGAGGGGCUUCUUGGCUGAGGUCGCCUGUAAAGAGGCUGUGCAGGGGGAGGCAGAGAACAGCUUCAAUGGGGAGUUCUCGAGGCUGAAGCGUCAAUCUACUAAGAUUCGAAUGGACAGGAUCUUUCCUACUAAAGCAGCAGAGAAACAAGACAACGUGAAAAAGAACCGCUAUAAAGACAUCGUACCAUUUGACCAUAGCAGAGUCAGAUUAACUCUCGACGUCUCCAAUGAUGAUAGUGACUACAUCAAUGCCAGCUUCAUUAAGGGGGUGUCAGGAGAAAGGGCAUACAUUGCCACACAGGGCCCUCUGCCGCACACUGUGCUGGACUUGUGGCGGAUGCUCUGGCAAUAUGAAGUACAGGUUGUAGUGAUGGCAUGUCGGGAAUUUGAAAUGGGAAGGAAAAAGUGUGAGCGCUACUGGGCAGCUAACACUGAGGAUGUGUUUGUUUGUGAGCAAUUCAUCGUUACAUGUGUAUCAGAGGAGGAUAAAGGGGAUUAUGUGACACGGGUUUUAAAUGUGACCUAUCAGUCUACCAUCCGCACAAUCAGGCAACUGCACUACAUGAACUGGCCGGAUCAUGGCGUCCCUGAUUCCAUUCCUCCCAUACUGGAACUGCUACAAGAGAUGCGUGGCUACCAGGAGCAGGAUAACAUACCCAUAUGCAUACACUGCAGCGCUGGAUGUGGGAGAACAGGGGCACUGUGCGCCAUAGACUACACCUGGAACUUGCUGAAAAGACAAUGCAUCCCUGAGAACUUCAGCAUCUUUGACCUGGUGCAGGACAUGCGCACUCAGAGGCCCUCUGUGGUCCAGACCAAGGAACAAUAUGCACUGGUGUACAGGGCCGUUAGGUUCCUGUUUGAGCACCACCUGGAGGCUCUUGAUGUUCCAUGCAGCCCAGAACAGGAGGAGGUACAUUCUCCCCCAUCCCCAAUCACCCCUGACUUCAGCAGUGACCUCUCAGACCUUAGUGAGACAGAGAUGGAGCCUCAUGUAGAGCCUGAACCAAGACUGGUGAAUGUAUUGCAUAUGGACAUCCCAGUGACCCACCUUUCACAUCAGGGGCUGGAAGUGAAGCCUGCGUCUGUACGCAGACCUGAGGACAUCCUCCGAUCCAUGGCUGUGAAGCGUCCCUCACACAGACCCAACACACACACCCAGAGCAUCAGCCAAACAACCCACUCACACACCCCAAGCCACACGCACGCCCUUAGCAACCAAAUCCCAGUCGUCACACACACACACCUCACACACAGCCAAAGUAUUACAGAUGACAACACAAGUGCAGCACCUUUCCAACAAAUCACACACACACAAAUGCCCCCACAAGUUACACCUACACAGCAGGCAAUACCAGUCAUGCACACAUCACAAGUGGUACAAAUCCCACUCAUCCAACAGCUAACACACACUCAACAGAGAGCGCAUGUUGCACACACUUCUCACACAGCACACACCCAGCGUGCACAGCAGGAUGAAAAGGAGUGUGUGGCUGCUCCCCCUCACCCCCCCGACCUCUGUGUGAGUGUGGAGGAUCCCUACUUCAGCCCGGCGUUGUCCCCGACAACAGAGGAGUGCUCAGCCAACGGCCACCGUUUCAGGCCACCACAGCUCACCCUCAAUGAGCAACCGCUACAACAGUGCUCACAACCACACACAGUUGCCGUGAAAGCCCCUGCCUCUGAUGAUGAGGAGCCUCCCUGUCUGCCUGAGCGCACGCCUGAGUCUUUUGUACUUCCCACUGGUACAGAGCGCCAGCUUCCCAGGGACCCCACACCCACAGAGAAUGGUGUUCCCCCCUGUCCUGUUCCCUCACUCCCACAGCGUACCCCAGAGUCUUUUGAACUGGUCUCCCCUGAUGAGUUGGAGAGGACCAUGGACCAGUUAAAGCUCACGGACUCCGUUGGAAAAGUUGGCUUGUCCUCUGAGUGGUCGGGAACCCCCUGCACAUCACCUGCCACCAAGAGAUCAUGUUGCAGAAGCAAGGUCCGAAUGUCCCUCCCAGCCCCACCUCCAGCCCCCAUAGCAUCCCCUCCCUGUGCCAGUCCUACCUACAGAACUCAAGAAUCCCCCAAAAGCCUCACUCCCCCCUUGCCUGAAAGGACACCCGAGUCUUUUAUUGUGCCCACAGACGAAGAGGUAUCAAAGCUCACUAAGACAUUAUUGGUCAUCCAACCCAGCAAUAUGGCAGGUGCCCCCCCCUCACCUGUACCACCGCUCCCCGAACGUACCCCAGAGUCCUUUGAGCUACCCCUGGCUGAUGUGCCAGGAAUGACCAAAGCCAACAAGCGGCGAUCUAUGCUGUGCCUCAACGACGUCGUCCUGCGUGAAAACACCCAGCGGACUCCGCGCUGCACCAGUGCCAUCUUCCUGUCUCAGGACAGAAGUCUGUCUCUGUCACCCAACAGCGCCCUCUGUCCCAACGGGAGACCUCAGCUGACUCUGUCGAACGCUGCCACGCCCUGCGAGCCGGGAGAUUCACAGCAGCAGUCUGCUCAGCGCAGCAGCGCCACCCUCUUGGCUGAGGCGCCACUCUCUGGCUCCCCCCUCAGGACAGAGGAGGAACAGACGCCCCUGCAGCGGAUUGGCAGCUCGUCUGAAUGGGCUGGACCUUCUCAGGCCAAAGCGAAAGAUCCUAUUAUGUACAGAAGCAAGAGUGUUAAGGUAAAAAGUUCAAAACCAGCCCCUUUGACAGUCAUUGCACCUAAUGUAGCCAUAUCAACAGAGGCACAAGGAGCCCCUGCUGUGGGAGCAUCUGUAGCAGGUCCUACUGAGCAGCAGGAGGCUGGAGCCACAGGGAAUGCUGAGAUGGGAAGGGAGUCCGGAAAGGCCAUGACCAGGAAGAAGAGCUGGAAGAGGCUCAUUCCCAAACAUAAACAGAAAUCAGCCCCCCCUUCAGCGCCCUUGGCACCUCUGUACGGAGCCGUCUCGGGGUUCCGAUUCAUGUUCGGGCAGCGUUUCGGGAAGCCUAAGGGACCGCGGAGCCGUCCUGAGACGUGGGUCUAGGACGAAAGAGGACUGCUGCCUCUCCUCCAUCAGGGCUGGAGUUCCCCUGCUGCUGCUGCUGCCCCUGCUCCCCUUCUCCCUUUCUCCAGCUCUCCAUCUCCAUCAGCUCCACCCAGGAAUGCGUGCGCAUGUUUGCCUGAACUCAGAGAUAAGACUGGAGAGCACAUCUGUUGGUUCACACUGAAGCGACAGUAUGUUUCAGUCAGUGUCAAUGUGAUCCCAGAAUGAAGAGGGGCCAAACGUGAUUGUGCACCUCAAGACUCUUUGGUACUUUGUUACGGUGUACUCGUUUUGAGACAUCACCCUCACUGGUGUGGUUAUUGGUAUAGUCUCAUGACAAACAAGAGCAACUCUGCAACUUCAUGGUUUGAUUACCGACCUACUGUAUCUCUUCAAACUUAACUGUAAACACAUUUAUUCAUAACUAUUUCAUGCAAUUAAACCAGUGGCCAGCUAAUUAUUGCUAAGUUCUGGCUCUAAGCUGAUCCGUGCCACAGAUGCACACCUUUAUUUUUUAUUUCCUUUUACGGUUUUUCCGGCCAUCAGAAGACAGCAACAUGAGCAAAGGAAGGAAUCCGUUUAGUCUCAGGUAUCAAACUGUGAAAAUACAUGCCUUUUUAAACGUGGAAUGAUAUUAAGCAUGAGUGGUAGAUUAUUUUUUAUUGUAAACAUUAAAAAAAUGUCGACACCAACUGCAAGAUAAA